UCGACUCAUUGGCCACCGCGCACUCGCUACAAAACGACGUGUCGCGUUUAAACCGAAACCGUUAACGUUAUCGAUAACCGUUCGGCGCAUCACUGUUUUUGGCGCGCGUUCCAUUUUCGAAAUUUGAACUUGACAGUUGCCGAUGUGUGCGUGAGUUUAUGAACAAAAUGAUAAAUGUUUUUCAAAGGACAGAGUAUUUUUUGUAUUUCGCUAUAAAGUAGUUUGUUUUGUAAACGAGUUUGUUGCGGUUUUUAGAAGUUAUACAUGUCUCGAAUCUCCAAGAUGUACGCUCUCCUAAUAUUCGCUCUCGUAGCUGGCUGCCGGGCCGCAAAUGUCAACAAACACAUGAGGUUGCUCACAGAACUGGACAACAAAAUUGAUCCUAAUUUAUUACCUCUCCGCGCGCCUCGAAGGUUCCUCGCCAUCACCAAGGCACCAGAAGCAGCGACGGGGCACCAAGCUGGCACCACCGUGUCUUUGCUAUGUGAAGCGUUCGGGGCACCCGCACCCACGAUACGCUGGUUCAAAAACAACCAGCCGAUUUAUGAGUACGACCAGGAAUCCAACGAGAUCUUCGACACGAACCCCACCUCGCUGGCUCGGGUUUCAUCUACACUGCUCGUGUCCCGGACCGCGGGCCGCGAUGAGUACACCUGCGUGGCUGUGGCUGGUGCUAAGACGGAGAGGGUCCACAGCGUCGUUUACAGCACAGAUGGCAGCACCGACUUAAUACCAGACCGGGCGCGACUCAUACCACUCGCGCCACAAAUCCUCGUCUCGUACAAAGUGUUCAUGGACCUCAUCGGCAACAACGUGGUCCUUCCUUGCCACGCCAAGGGGCACCCGCGGCCGCAGGUGACGUGGGUGAAUAAUCGGGGCGCCACCGUCAAGUCGGAUCCGAGGAUGAAGGUGCUUCGUUCAGGCGAGCUAGUGAUCUCGCCACUGCUGUGGAGCGACAUGGGCGAGUUCACUUGCCACGUAUCCAACGCCUUCGGGAGCCAGCUCGCUACUACUUUCGUUUACCCUGCGAGUGUCAGUAGGGUGAAUAAAGUAAAGCAGUAGACAACCGAGCAAACGAAGCCUCGUAUACUUAACAUGAAUGUUCCUGUAGUUAAGUACUUGUUUACUAGUACGCGAGCGAACUAAACGGACCAUAAUUUUGAU